AUGACCAAUACAGAUCUGGCCCGCUCACAUCAGUCAACCGUUCUGGCAAGCUGCUUACCUCGUGAGCGUCGCUGGACCCGUCACUGCAUCUAUUCCUUGCAGUUUGCCUUCAUUAGCUUCGCUACUGUUCCCACGCAAGCCUGUUCAUUCAAUGCGGCUCGUUUCUUUCUGGGCCACUUGCGCACAUGCACGGGUACGCUGCGUGCAGAUCCAAACCUGGCCAGCCUCCUCCUUUACGCCCACAAGAUAUGCCAUCAUAUUCCUGGUUCGCCUCGCCUCUUGCACUUCAUAACUUCAGAUCCAUACAUCCAUGCGCAGUCUUGCCCUAAACUAUCCGAUCGGCAUUUAUAUCAGCUCAUCCGUAAUGUGAAGAGCAUAUGA